CUUGUUUGUUUUUUAAACAUUCCGCGUGCGUGUGGUGCCAAAUAAUUCACGAUGGGAUCCGGAUUCGUGUCCAGCAAGGUGGAGGAAUGCAUACGUCGUAAUAUCGCCUGGAAGGACCUGAGUAUCGACGUACGAAAGGCAUUGAACAUCGACGAAAAUGACUAUCGGAGGCAAAUCCUGGACUACAGUCUCCUCAAUCAACUCCGCUUUCGUGGCAAUAUAGUGUACGGAGUGUCGAAAAAUGAGAAAAAAUACUACGAGCGGCUAGUGGAGGUGAACAUACAAGCGCUGCACAUUUUCCCUUAUCACCUUGCGGACGUUAUCACCAAGGGAUUGCGUGUGACGCCGUUCAACUACUAUACAGAUAUGAUUGCAUUCCUGCUAACACACGAUAAAAACUAUGAUGCACUGCCCAACUUCACGGCUGCCGACUGUCUGCGGGUGCUGGGAAUUGGUCGGAACGAGUAUCUGUCCAUUUCGAGCGAUCUGAAGUCAAGCUCACCGAGGUCGUUCUUCAAGAAGAAUCCCUACCACUUCCUGCCAAAGUUCCCCCGUACCGUUACGAUGCAUCCGUGGUGGAUAGUCGAGAUUGGUCACAUAUUGGAGAAAGAUGUCGAGAACCUCAGCAUGGAGGAAAUUAAUUUGAUCGAUCAGUUGAUUGACUGCGGUCCGCAAACGGCCGGCACACUAAAUCUAGAAACGGUGCAGAAGCUCUAUCGGAAGGGGUUGAUAUAUCUGGACGUUCCGAUCAGUGGUGAUGAUCGUAUAAACAUUCCACCGUUGCGCAAUUUUGUGAUGAAUCGUGUGGCCGGGGACUAUUUCGAAAACCUGCUAUACAAUGUGUUCGUGACGACCGACGAGCAGUGUUCGAUUUCAGAGCUAUCGCAGAUACUUCAAGUUCACAUGGAUACGGUGAAGCAAGCCACUUCGCUUUUCUGCCGGCUCGGGUUUGCCAAAAUAAAAAACGCCUUCACCGAGUACAAAAUGGAUGAAAGUUGGCUCAAACAGCAAACGGAGAGCGGUGAUGAUGCGGCUGCUUACAACUACCACGCCUUACUCCUUUCCGAGGUGCCUCUCGAGGUGAAACCGUCGCCGGAUGGGAGUUUACCAUCCGUUCCGUUCUUUCCUUCGUCCGAUCCAGCCAGUCCAACGUCCCCAACAGCCAGCGAUGUUCUUUCGUCGGCCUUGGUCAAAGAAAAAUCGCCCACGGAAAGUGCCGCUCUGGUCGCUAAAGGGAAGCGUGUCGGAUUCCUGUUCGAUUCAACGCUGACGGCCUUCCUGAUGAUGGGAAACCUGUCGCCCGGUUUGAAGACGCACGCCAUCACGCUUUUCGAGGUGGGCAAGCUGUGCGACGAAGGAAUGGCUGAUUUGCUGGAGGAACUGGAGAAGGUAUCAAUGCUCGAUGCGGAAUCCGAGGGAGACGUAAGCCGGUACUUUAACCACGCGGUGCUACUCCGAUCGACGAUCGUGGCGUUGAAGAGCUCGCUAAAGAUCGAGCUGGAUCUGCUGCGACUGGAAAGUAUCGAGGGCCUGGACGUUCACACGAGAAACAGACUAAUGGAGCGCAAGUACAAGUACCUUAUAUCGGCCGCACCCCUGUCCGGGUCGCUGUCUAGUCAGUUCACCAUUCCCUUCUUCGGCCAAUUCUACCAAAGCUCGGCCGAUUCGCACAUUUGGUCGAAGCUGUUUUACUACCACAUGGGUGGUUACGGGCCACCGUCCUUGUUCCUGAAGAAAGGAACUGUAUUGAAAACUUUGCCUCGAAUAUUUCUCGGAUACGGAAAGCUGCUUAUUACAAUCGUCAACACCGACUCGUACGUGCUAAAUUCGGAAAAGUUUUACACGCUAAACGAACACUUGAAGAACGAGUGCUUGCUCAUACAGGGAUACGGGGUUAGCGAACCAGCAAAGGUGCAUUACGAACCGUUUCCCUUUAACAUCAACGAUGAAAAUAACACUUGGGGACAACAUGGCGCUUGGAAUGGACUCUCGCAGGUCAUCAACAUGGAGCAAACGUUCGGUUAUGUGACGUUUAUAAACACCGGAGUCCCUGACCUGGGUUGUAACGAUUGCAACCAAACCGUCGUACUUAAGAGGCAUACGGAUAAGAAGCACAAGAACGCAUCCAAACCGGGAAAGCUUACCAAAAUGAGUACAGAACCUUCUUCGGGGAAAACAGAAGAAACUAUGACUACUGAUGAUUUAUGCACUGCCGAGGGAACGAAUGGAAGUGUCGAAGAAGGAAAUGAUGAUCAAACAGUAUUGCAAGCGGCAGAAUCUGAUUCCGACACAGAAAUCUCAAGGAAAAAUUCCCUUCAGAAUGCCGCAGAGGAUUGGACUCUACUGGAUAUCAAUUUUGGAAUACCACUCUUCGAUGUUGACUGUAACACCAAAAUUUGCCAAUAUAUUGUGCAGCGACUGUGCAAUGACGAAAACAUAUCAAUCUUGAAAGAAGUCAAUCAACAGAUGGAAAGGAAAUAUCUUAAAUUUAUUUCCCAAUGUUUGUUCUUCGACGACGAAAACAUGGAGCUAAUAAAGGCGGGAAAGUACGUGCCAAAGCUACGCAUCAAUCUUGCAUACGAAAAUGGUAAAAUUCAAAGCUGGGACGGCAAAUGAAAAUGUAGCCAGAAUCCAUUCGAUCGAUCCCAGCCCCGUCCCAGCGAUCGUUUUUCAGUGAUUAUUUUGUUUUUAAGUUAUAG